AUGGAGAACCUGUUCCAGUUAAUGGUUAUGGGACAGUUCUUCAACGGGAUACCUCCCCACCUACAGAAUUGGGUAAGGGACCGCAAGCCACAAACGCUGCAAGGGGCAGCCAAGCUGGCGGACGAGUUCCUAGAGACCCGAAGGGACCAGCGCACUCAAAACCAAACCGUAUAUAACCCUACACUGACGAUACCAGCUGUGACCACCCCGAUCCAGCCACGACCUGGGGUGAGCCAAAAUACGUACACCCCAGGUACCCUGCAUAUCCCCCAAUUCGCUGUCACACCUGCAACCAGCAAGGGCAUAUCCAACGAGACUGUCCGCACAAUCGACCCAGGCCCAGCUGGAAUAAUGCAGCACCAAGCAACCGAGCAGCUGUACACUGUGUGCAUGCGGAACAGUAUGGAGCACCUGAGACCGUCACUCCAAGGGAAGAACCGCUGGGGACGCUGCAUAAGGGAAGUACCUCAAGAACUAUUAUUCGGGAGGAGAGUGAAGGGCACCCUAGAUUUAAUCCAGGAACACUGGGAGGAAGAAGAGACUAUUAACAGCACCCCCAUUGUACCCUAUGUGCUAGAGUUUAGGGAUCGCCUGGAGGUGCUGACCCAGACUGUACGCGACAAUCUCCAGGUGGCCCAACAACGGCAGCGCAGAUGGCCUCUUCUGCAAUAUUACAAAUAUGUUCUGACUUUUCGUUUUGCAAUUGAGGAAAUUAAUAGAAAUGUAAACAUUUUACCCAAUAUUACUCUGGGAUUACACAUGUAUGAUUCCUGUUCUGAUGGACCAAAUGCUGUAAAGAGCAUUCUUAAGAUUUUAUCUGGACCAGGAAAGUCAGUUCCUAAUUACCACUGCCGUGGUCGUGGCCAGAUUGUUGGAUUUAUUGGAGAUCACAGUUCUGUUACCACGUUACCUAUGGCACAGAUUCUGGGGGUGUAUAGGUACACACAGAUCAGUUAUGGAGCAACUCAUGAUGUCCUAAAUGACAGAUACCUUUAUCCAACCUUUUUUCGGACACUUCAAAGUGAUAACACUAGUUAUUCUGUGUUAUCAAAGCUGCUGAAACACUUUGGGUGGACUUGGGUUGGUAUUUUGGCCUCUGAUGAUGACAGUGGAGAGAAAGAAACUCUGGUUUUAACUAAACACAUGACCAGUAAUGGAAUUUGUGUGGCCUUUAAAAUUAAAAUAAAUUUUGUUUUAUUGAGAGACACAGACAGAGUCUUAGAGAGUUACAGGAACAUUGUUAAAGAAUCCACUGCUAAUAUUAUAGUUAUUUGUGGGACAUUUUCUCCGUAUGUUGCAGAUUUUUUCAGGGAAACAGGAGAUAUUUUUGCAGAUCGGACAUUAAUCCUUAAUCCUACUUUUGCAGUAAACAAUGUUUUACUUGAGUUUUACCCAAAAACAUUUAAUGGGAGCUUGGCUCUAGAGCAUUUGCCAAUACAAAUGCCAGAUAUGAAGACAUUCUUUGAGAGUUUCCACCCAUUAAAUCAUCCAGAUGAUUGUUUCCUUAAACAUUUAUGGCUGCUGCAUUUUCGCUGUGAUGUAGGAGACCAGAGUUGGCAUGUUCUUAAAGACAUUUAUAAAAUAUCUCUUCAUAAUUGCACUGGGAAGGAACGUCUUACAGAUUUUUCGAAUUUUGCUCCUGAUGGACUUUCUCCUCGUGUAUACCAUGCUGUACAUGCCAUGACAGAGGGUCUUCAGCAGAUUAAUUUAUUCCUAAAUAGAAAAAAACAUAUGCCAAGAUCUCAAUGUUCAGAGAAUUGUUUACCUGGAAGCAGGAAAAUCCCCAAACCUGGAAUCCAUUCUUGCUGUUUUGACUGUGUCCAAUGUUCAGAGGGAGAAAUCUCCAAUAUUACCGACAGUGAAAACUGCAGGAAAUGCCCAAACCAUGAAUGGCCCAAUGAGGAGAAGGUUCAGUGUGUUCCCAAACAAGUGGAAUUUCUGUCGUACAGUAAUGAUGUGCUAUCUCUUGUUUUUUCAUCAGUCUCAAGUAUCUUUUUACUUCUGACUGCUUUAAUAUUGGGAAUUUUUAUUUUCUAUCAGAAUACACCCAUUGUUAAAGCCAAUAAUAAGACCCUCAGCUUCAUCCUUCUGUUUUCCAUCAUGCUGAGCUUUUUCUGUGUGUUUCUGUUCAUUGGUCGUCCUUUGGAUAUAACCUGCAUGCUGCGUCAAACCUCUUUUGGAGUCAUCUUCUCCGUAGGUGUAUCUUCUGUACUAGCCAAGACUAUCAUGGUUUGUGCUGCAUUUAGAGCUACCAAACCAGACAGUGUGUGGAAAACAUGGAUUGGAGUCAAACUCUCAAACAUAAUAGUCUUAUUUUGCUCAUCUGUCCAAGUUGUAGUUAGUAUUAGUUGGUUGGCUAUUUGCCCCCCAUUUCAGGAGCUGGACACACAAUCUUAUAAGGGAAGAAUUAUCAUCCAGUGUAAUGAAGGAUCAGUUAUAGCUUUCUAUUUGGAGUUAGGUUAUAUGGGGAUCCUGGCCGCUAUAAGUUUUGUUCUGGCUUUCAUGGUGAGGACAUUACCGGACAGUUUUAAUGAGGCCAAGUACAUCACCUUCAGCAUGCUGGUGUUCUGCAGUGUUUGGAUAGCAAUGAUCCCGGCCUAUCUGAGCACCAAAGGGAAGGACAUGGUGGCUGUAGAGAUUUUUGCCAUAUUGGCUUCCAGUGCUGGACUUUUAGGGUGUAUAUUUCUCCCAAAAUGUUACAUUAUUUUAUGCAGAUCUGAAAUUAACACAAAAUCGUAUUUGUUUGAAAAUAAAAAAGUGACAAUAUAA